AUGUCUUCCAACGGUGCUGCUAUCGCCACCGUGAGUCGCGGCCGGAGAGGAAGCGUUGCAGCAACUGAAUCCCGAGAGGGACACGUUCACGAGACGGGAGAGAGAGCUGCGGGGAGAGGGAAGCCUUGCGCCGGUAAGCCUUUGCGGCCGAAAAAUGCCCCUGCUGCCGUCGCCAGAAAAUUCUGCCGUUAUCAUGAUCGAAAUUCGUCGCCGCUGCUGCUUGAGGUAGCUGCCGGGCUGCCGCCAAACCGGUUCGGAGACCGCCGCUGCUUCGGUUCAGCCGUUCCUUUCAUCGUUUCGGAUAUGGGCGCAGAAGUUACGAAGAGCUUAUUUAAUUGUUGUUGUGAUGCUCUGUAUUGUUUUAGUUAUGGUUUACCGUACCAUCGCCUUUAUCUUGUUAUAAUCUGUAAGAGGGAUAGGAAUUGUAUUGGAUUAUGUUUGUAAUAUUAUUUAUAUAUAUCUAUGUAUAUAUAUGGAUGUACUCUUU